CCUUGAGAAAAAUAAAGCUGUAUCAUGAAAUAUUUAGCACAAAUCAGUUAAAACUGUCUGGAUUCUACUCAUGCAUAUUUUACUAAAUGUUUUUUUUUUUUUUUUAGCUAAUCACUGAACCAAACCCCAUUUUUAAUGCAUAUUUUUAAUUAUUCUGUUACUGAAAGACUAAGUUAAAUUUGUCUGUUUACAGAAAAAGCUACCUGAGUGUGCCAGGAAGUUAGAGAACAGCUGUCUCCUCAAACCUGUAAACAGUACAGAUCUUCUGCACUCCUUUUUAAAAGAUUGUGAGCCAUGCCUUUGGUGAAAAGGAACAUUGAACCACGGCAUCUCUGCCGAGGAGCUCUGCCAGAGGGAAUUACAAGUGAGCUGGAAUGUGUAACGAAUAGCACUCUUGCUGCUAUCAUACGCCAGCUAAGCAGCUUAAGCAAACAUGCUGAAGACAUAUUUGGUGAAUUGUUUAAUGAGGCCAACAGCUUCUACAUCAGAGCAAAUUCCCUCCAAGACAGAAUUGAUCGCCUUGCUGUCAAAGUCACCCAGCUGGAUUCAACAGUGGAAGAGGUAUCCUUACAGGACAUCAACAUGAAAAAAGCAUUCAAGAGCUCAACAGUUCAAGACCAGCAGGUAGUUUCAAAGAACAGCAUUCCGAACCCGGUGGCUGAUAUUUAUAAUCAAAGUGACAAACCACCACCUCUGAACAUUCUUUCACCUUAUAGGGAUGAUAAGAAGGAUGGAUUGAAGUUCUAUACUGAUCCUUCCUAUUUUUUUGAUCUUUGGAAAGAAAAAAUGUUACAAGAUACUGAAGAUAAGCGAAAAGAAAAGAGGAGACAAAAGAGAGAGAAACACAAGCUGAAUCCAAACAGAAACCAGCAAAUUAAUGUGAGAAAAGUAAGAACAAGAAAAGAAGAGUGGGAGAGAAGGAAAAUGGGCAUUGAGUUCAUGAGUGACGCAAAGAAAAUGGAACAGGCAGGAAGCAUGAAAGAGGACAAAAUGCCCAAAGGGUCCCAUGCAUCUGAUGUUACAGAUUAUUCUUAUCCUGCGACUCCGAAUCAUUCCCUCCAUCAGCAGAUAGCAAUGCCUUCCUAUGGAGCAGGAGAUGGUCCACAGUACAUGGCAGCAUCCCAAAGCCACGAGCAUGAGUACAGACCACCCUCCACCACUGUGCGACACGCCACUUUAAACAGACCUCAGCAACCGCCUCCACCGCCACCCCAGCCUGCAGAUGGCCAGCACAGCUCAGUACCUGUGGUGCCAGCAGAAUAUGGGAUGCUCCCAGCUCAGAUGGUGGAUUAUUACAAUCCUACAGGUCCUCCCCCUCCUCCUCCUCCCCCUAUGAUUCCUUCAGCACAAACUGCAUUUGUUAGUCCCCUUCAGCUUCCUGUGCCACCUUCCCAUUCCGGACUGGUGACUGGCUCUACAUAUGCAGCUACUCAUCCUCCUCCUUCUAGUGGGCUUGUUGUCACUGCUCCUCCUCCUCCGGGCCCACCUCCUCCCCCUCCAGGCCCUCCUGCUGCAGGUGCAUCCCUCUCUUCCUCCCCCAUGCACGCUCCUCCAGCGUCGGAGGCGAAGCAGGCACCGAUGAGCGAUGCACGGAGUGAUCUUCUGGCUGCCAUCAGGAUGGGAAUUCAGCUGAAGAAGGUGCAGGAGCAGCGUGAGCAGGAGGCGAAGCGCGAGCCCGUUGGCAAUGACGUGGCCACCAUCCUGUCGAGGCGCAUUGCCGUGGAGUACAGCGAUUCCGACGACGACUCGGAGUUCGAUGAGAACGACUGGUCAGAUUGAACGUGGUCCAAGCCUGCUGGCAACUACAUUAAAUACUUGGCUUCAGUGAUUGCUUUGUUAGCAAGAUGUAAAGCAGGACGUUGACGUGUAUUAAGGGUAGUAAGAGAAGUGCUAAAAUUGAAUUGGUAUUAUUCAGAACGCUGUAGCUUAGCAACUCUGGUAAUAAUGAUGUGAUUAUGCUUAUGCAGAUCAGAAACUUGUCUUACUUUCAGUAUUUACUGCAUAAUACUUAAGUGCCACUAAAUGUAGCAACUUGUGCUGCGUGCAAAAUAUGCUGCAGUUGUUGCACUGUUACAGAACCAGCAUUUUAUUUUACUUUCCUGUUCUUGAAGGGAUAAAAUAUAUUUUUUUGACUUUACAUCUUAUUCUUUUAAUUAUGUAAGCAACUUAGAUACUUGUGAAUUGGUCUGGUUGUUAGUCUUUGAGAACAGCUAACUGUAUGGCUGAGUGAAAUGUUGAGUUCCAUAAAUAUGACUUCUAGCUUUUUUAUUAGGUACUAAUUAUGCCCACCUUAGUCUAUUUUUAACCACUUCUGGGCUUGAGUUUUUAUGCAUACAGAAUUGAUUUUAUACUAUCUUCCUUUUUAUCUUAAAAAUGUAGCAGAUGAGGAAAUGUAUACUUUGAAGAAUGAACCCACAUGAUCAAAAAAGAAUAUUUGGUGAGCAGACAGGAUAUGUCUGUAACAGUACCAGCUCUAAGUUGCUGGCUGCUUGUUGGGAAGAGCGUUGGGGGGUCUCUGUUGUGUGGCAGAUGCAUGUCCGUGCUAUAAAUGAAAAUGAAAAUAUCUGUAGAGCUUUUCAGUCUUAUGAUAAGAUCAGCUGGAUGCAGGAUAGACCUGAUGGAAACCCUGUGGCUGUUGCAGUACAGAAAUGCUACUGCUGUUACUAAAAACUGGAACAAUCUGGAUCUAGCAAUCAGAUACAUUUCACAAGUAUUGGUCUUUCUGCCUGUCAGUAAAAAGUGUGUAAAUAAGUUCAGUUGUUGUUGAGUUAUACAUGUGUAGUCAUGUAGCACAUUGACUCAGAAUUCUUACUUUGAAUGUAUUUCUUUCCCAGUACAUCCCAUGGAUAAAACACGGGCAGUUAAAGCAGUUUUGAUGGCUGUUGAGGUUCUAUGCCAUAUAUAUAUAUAUACACUCACUUUCUUGGUAUUUUCCUAGGCAUAGUUGCUGCCAUGAAGUCUGCUUUGACUGUCUCUGUUUUCCUUGUUUUCCUUUUUUUUUUUUAAUCAUCAGUAC